CAUGUGAGUGAUUUGUUUAUCGUUCUUUUACAUCGGUGGUCAUAAUUGAAUUUUUGUUUUGUUUUUCAAUUAAAAAAAAAAUCUUUUCCAUUCAUCAAUCUUGCAAGAAUAAAAAUUAUUCAAAAUGGCCGAUCCAGAAUUAGAAGCUAUUCGUGCUAGACGUUUACAAGAAUUGCAAAUGCAAUAUCAAGGUAAAGGAUCAGGAAUGAGUGGUCCAGGACAAAUGAAUAUGCAAGAACAACAACGUGCCACACAAGAACGACAAGAACGUGAAGAAGAAUUGAGAAAUACGAUUUUAACACAAAUUUUAUCACAAGAAGCUAGAGCACGAUUGAGUACCAUUGCAUUGGCUAAACCUGAUCGUGCUAAAAUGCUUGAAAAUAUUCUAAUCACCAAUGCUCAACGUGGUGCCAUUCGUGAAAAGCUUUCAGAAGAACAAUUGAUAAAUUUUCUCGAACAAGUUAAUGAACAGACAUCGAAAAAGAAAACUGUCGUUACAUAUGAUCGAAGGAAGACUGCUAUCGAUGAUCCUGAUGAUGAUGAUGAUGAUAAUAUUGAUUGAAAUUGAAAGGAUGAAUAUAUACAAUUGUGAUUAACAACCAAUAAACAAUCAGCUGAUGAUGGCCAACGUUUAUUUCUUAUUCAUCAUUCUUUCAUAACCAACUAACUGAUGGAUCGAUCAUACAAAGGAAAAUGAAAAUUUGACGUAAACUUUUUUUUGUUGCCUUUUCUCAUGAAUUCUGAUUGAUUUCUGUAUAAAUAAAAAUAAAAAUAAAAUAUAAACUGAAA